CGCUGGAUCCGGAUUCUCUAUUCUUAUACACGCACACACACACGCACGAAUUUGUUGUUGUUUGGAUGUUUACUUGGUGAGAUUGUUUUCCGCGUUUGUUUUCGUCGUUUGAAUGUUGUAAGUAGUAGCUGUCAACGGUGACGUUAGCCGAUGCACAAGAAGGGAUAACCACGGUGUGAUUUGCGAGAGUGAUUGGAGGUGAAUCAGCAGCGCCUACUUGGAGAUACGGAAACUGACAGCAUCCGACAGCAUUCCGGCACAGACUGUGCGGUUCCACGACUCUCACGUGUGUGGAUUUUGGGAGAGCGGGAGAGAGCGCGAAUGUUGCGGAGAGAGUGCCAGUUCCGAAGUGAGUGAAGACGGAACCGCUGCUGGAGGUUCACGGUUCCGGUUGGAACUGUUUUGAAAUCAGAGCAAGAAACGUGGAACAAGGAUACGGGUGUGUUAUCGUCAUCGUUGUCGUCGUCGUCGUGUCGUCGUGAUCGUUGUGUCGUUGUUGUCGUCUACGUGUUUAGUUGUUUUCAUAAGUUUGUUGUUUGUCCGGAAGAAGGCGGAACCUUUUGCAAGUAAAUCCGCGGUGACAGUACGCGUAAACAACGGAAAUCCGAAUAAAAACGAAAGUCACAAAAAGGAAAUUUAAAUGUUUAUAAGCGGAGGCAAAGGUGGAAAAAUAUUACAGGGAUCUACUUUACGAGUUAAAGUUUAAGUUACGAAAGAAAUCAACAAAAUUCUGGAGCAGAAACAAAAAUAUCAGCCAACGUUUAGAAAAGUAUCGACAACAAAUCAAAAAACACACAGUACCAAGUACUAGUACGAAAGAAGGAGAGACACAUCGACGCGUGACUCUGUUGUUAUCUAGUGUUCGUUAUCGUUCCCGGUGAACCUUAAAGGUAUGGGGAAGUGCAUGUGCCCAUCCGGACAGUUGGACAGCAUCUGAUCCCGGCCUGUCGUAGUAGGCCUCUGCUCUCACCCAGCUCUGAAGAGCAGAGAGUCCUCCUGCUGGAAGUAGGAUGCAACUGCAGCUCCGGCCAACAGCAGUCCCGUUCGGCAAGCGGCAGUAGUCAACAAUCGUCUCCAGCGCCGUCAGGUGUACGUGUCCGGUGUACGCACGCACGUGUUUUCUUCCGUUCAAGCCGGCGAAUCUCGCCGGAAUUCCGUUGCACCACACUCUUCCCGCGUCAACUACGCGUGUGUGAUACCCCACGUGUGCGAAUCAAACACAACUAAUAUCAACCAAUCGAGCUCAACACUAGCAACAAAAAACAUACACAUUCACACACACCACAGCAAAAAGAAAAAUCAAGACAAAAAAAUCACAUCAAAAAGUGCCUAACCACAAGUUCUCUGUUCUCGGUGUGUGUACGAGUUAAGACGUGAAUGUUCGCGAACAAAACCAAAACAAAGCCUUGAACCGCGUGAUUGGGCACCAACAUCAACUGUUAUCACUGUUAUCGCAAAAAUCCCAAACAAAAAUUUGAAGGCUUGUGAAGUGCGCGAACACGUGUGAACGAACCUUGAAGACCGAGAGAGACCCGCCUCCUCGCACUGACGCGUGUGACCGGACCUUCAAGCGGCGUGGCGCCAAGUUUAGAUGUGAAAUUGAUUUCUCUUGUCCUGUUUUCUUAAUUUCGAAACGUGACGCGGGGACGGAAAAUCCUCCGAAAAAAAAGAACAAACAGAAAUUCCGGGCAUUUGUGACCCUCGCCGAAAAAAAAACACAAUCAAAUUUAAUUUAAAGUUUAUGUGUUGGCCGAAACUUCACGGGGGAAGGAAAGUUCCGGGCCAUUGGCGAGGAAGAAAUUGUACAACAAACCGAAAUAAAGUGGAAAAAGAUUGAGUUGCUGACCGAACACGGCGAGUGAGCGAUUGCCGGAAAGUUUUGCUUUUUUAUUGUUUUCUUCGACCUUUGAGCAGAUCUCGCGCGCGAUUUUUAUGACAGAUUCCGUUCGGCUCUCGUUGCGAGUGUGGUUGCGAUUGAGAUUUGCGCUUUAACUUUUCCGGACCGGGACCGGAGAGCCCAGGAAGUCACGUCGCCGGGUGUAAUAUCCGAAAAUCGUGCUCCGGCGUAAUAAUUUCUAAUAAUAGUUGCAAUAACAAUAACAUCUCCUAGGCGAGAGAAACACCGGCGAGUUUUCCUCUCGAAACGGCGAGGGUGAAAAUCGGAAAAGUGGGUGGUGCAUUCCGGGUGUGAAAAACGAGCAGCUCGAGAAAAGGGAAAAUAAUACAUUGUGAGUAAGAGUGAGUGUGUGUGUGCGGGCUGGAGUCCAAAAGUACCAAGUGUGGUGGAAAAUAUUAAUGAGUUCAGAAAUAUAAUAAUAAAAACAGCUCAUAAAUAAUAUCGCCGGGCCGAGGUUUUGUGAGUUUAAGUGUUUUCACCCCGACCCUGCCCCCUCUGCGAGCUCCCAGAGCUCCAAAACGGCCCCCUAAGUUUUUCCCAUUGUUCUGCCACAAGUGGGCCCACCAAAGGGGUGUGAGUGUGAAGAAGAGCAUUUCCCAGUGGUUCUUUGCGCCUGGAAGUAUACCAUAUGGAGCAGAAGUAGCAGUCGACGAGUUUUCCCGGGGCCUGCCCACAGAGAGCAGUGUGAAGGAAAUUUAUAUCAAAGAAAUCACAAAUCAUAAGCGCGAGCCAAGUGCUUUCCCAAGUGGUGUGUGCGAAAGAGAAAGUGUCUGUGUGAGUGUGUCACAAGGGUGUGUGUUCGUGUGUGGUUUUCCUCUCGGAGGAAGAAGAUCAACAGCAGCAGCGAGAAAAAAGCAGAUAAAAAAUAAAUGUGUAAUAAUAGUGCAAUAAUUCUCCACUCACUGUGAGUUCUCCUUCCCCUCCCGUUACUUCUUCCUUUUUGACGCUCUGGACGAGAACCAUUGAGGCGCAGUUUUCCACAAAAAAAGCUUCCACCAAAAGUCCAGGGCACCAUCGGCGGUAGUGGUGAAAACAAAAAAAAGGAGACACAGUAAAAGCAGGAAGCAUAAUCGUAGCCAGUAAAUACUAUCAGAAAAUUUGAAACAAGCAAAAACGGCGCUCAUUCCGGAAAAGUGAGAAAGGGAGGAAAAGUAAAGAAGUGAGGAAGGCAAGCAAGGAAAAAUAAAAGUUUCACCACCCCGUGUGCCUGUGUCUGCGUUUGUGUCCCAUUUGCGGGUCUGUGUGUGUGUGUGUAGAUGUUAAAAAUGUUAAAGUGAGUGUUGUGAAGAAAUUCUACUCGCAAAUAACCAACAACAACUACAAGAAGAAGGAAAAACCGGCAAGCAGGAAACCCUUUUUUCACCGGUCGCGCGCGAAUCGUUCGUGAAAAGUGCUUUCUUUGGUCGACGACUGGAGAAGUAGCAGAAAAAGAAGAAGACGUAGUAAAAGCUGGAAGCAGCAGGAAAAACCACGAGGAGCUUCGUCGAUAUUGCUGAACUCGACCAAAUGUUGGCCUUUCAUAAUGAACAUAUAACAAGCUGUGCGUUUUUGACGUAUUUCAGUCCGGAAAACGCUAUUAACGCUCAAGGCGCGUUACAUGAAAAGCAGACUUCACCUGGGGUUUUUGCUCAACCGAUUUCUUCUCACACGCGAUGCAGAAGAGACCGUCUCUUCUACUAGCAAAAUGAAUCGAUGAACCGUGCUAUUCAAGUUAAGCCAGCGGAUAGCGAGAACCGCGGUGAAGUCGUCUCAAUCGCGAUGAAGUCGAUGUUUUCGCAACAAUUUGUCGUUGCACCACAACAACAGCAGCAACAACAGCAACAACAACAACAACAGUCGACAUUGGCAGCGUGUUAAAACAAGUUUCGUUAACAAGGGACAGUUGAGCAAAGGGUUAGGCUUCAAAAGCGAAAGAGAAGAGAACAAAUUGGGACAUUUAAAAACAAAAAAAAAACUUUAAAAUCAACAAAGUGAAAGCCGGCGUGAAACAGUAGAGCUUUAAAGCAAGUGUGAUAUCUAGGAAAUAGGAAAAUAAGCAUUUUUAGGGACAAAAUCAGCCUAGCCAAACAAAGCAAACCGUAGCAAAAACAAACAAAACCAAUUGUUCUGCACAACAUCAGCAAACAUCAACUGCAAAGAAAGUUAGAACCGCUGGGACGACAAACGUACUGAGAGAGAAAGAGCGAGCAACAUAGGGAAUUAGGAGUAGCCAAUUUUUCGACGCAACGUAAGCCAAUUCUUGAACUUCAGGACUUUAUACAAGCUAACACCCCCCACUCCCCAUUUUCCCCGUUCAAAACAAAAAGAAGAAAAAACACACACACACACACUAACAAAAAAAAAUCGAGAGAGCGAAGAAAAACAUCGCGUGCAAUCACAAGAAGAAGAAGAGUCGCACAAAAACGAAAGUGAUUCACGUUUGUGGAUUUGUGCCGUUCAUCACAGCACAGAGUCGACGACGACGACCACGACUCAGGCGAAAGGGUCUGACGGAAACAAAGAGGCUUCGGAAAUCGAAAGCUUUUCGUUGGCAUGCUUAGCAAGCAGCAAACCGAGGAGGAUGUAAGACAGUUGUUUAACGCGUUCGGAACCAUAGAAGAGUGCACGAUACUGAGAGGACCAGACGGUGCCAGCAAAGGUUGCGCCUUUGUAAAAUUUACCUCGCAUCAAGAAGCUCAAGCUGCUAUAACAACUCUUCACGGUAGUCAAACUAUGCCGGGUGCGUCCUCUAGCUUAGUGGUCAAGUUUGCGGACACCGAGAAAGAGAGGCAACUCCGUCGUAUGCAGCAAAUGGCCGGUCAUAUGAACUUGCUGUCGCCGUUCGUCUUCAACCAGUUCGGACCGUACGGUGCCUACGCCCAGCAGCAACAGGCGGCACUGAUGGCCGCGGCCACCGCACAGGGAACCUACAUCAACCCGAUGGCUGCACUUGCAACACAAAUACCUCAUGCGUUGAACGGUUCAGGACAACCCGUGAACGGUGCCAUCCCUUCGCUACCGUCGCCGACGAUGCCGACCUUCAAUAUGGCCGCACAAACGCCAAACGGGCAGCCGGCCGGUUCCGAGGCGGUCUACACCAACGGAAUCCCCCAGACCUACCCAGGGCCCAUUUACGUAGAUGCGCUCCACCUGUCGAUACCGGCCCAAGGACUUCCAAACGGGGACGCCGCACUACCCCACGCGGCCUAUCCCGGCAUCCAGCCCUACCCGGGUGUUGCCUACCCAGCCGUUUAUGGACAAUUUCCGCAAGCCAUUCCGCAGCCGAUUGCCGCCAUUGCACCAGCGCAACGUGAAGGCUGCUCCAUAUCGGGCCCGGAAGGUUGCAACCUGUUCAUCUACCAUCUGCCCCAGGAGUUUGGCGACGGCGAGCUGAUGCAGAUGUUCAUGCCGUUUGGCACUGUGAUAAGUUCGAAAGUCUUCAUUGACCGGGCCACGAACCAGAGCAAAUGUUUCGGUUUUGUGUCGUUUGACAAUCCUGCCAGCGCUCAAGCGGCAAUCCAAGCUAUGAAUGGUUUUCAGAUUGGUAUGAAAAGACUGAAAGUUCAGCUGAAGAGACCAAAAGACGCCAAUAGACCCUAUUAACAAUCAGAGAUCAAGAGCGCUUUAAGGAGUGCUUCUGCUGAAGCUUUAAAAUACGAAGUUAAACCUUAGACAAAAGAAAUACUAUAUCAUCAAUUAAAAAAAAAAAGAAAACCAGUGAAAAAAUUAAUCAAAAAAAAAGAACAAACAGAAUUUAACCGGCAAAUUAUUCACAAACACUCACACAAACAAACUUACCAGAGCGAGAGCGAGAGGAAGGUCGCGGACAGCGCAGUCAUCACACCAGUUCUAGUCAUCAGGCCCCAUCCGAGUUACGUCGUUUACGUUCGUCCCACCACACGAAUAAGCGGGGGGCGGGCGGAUUUGCCAACUCAUCCAGAUCAUCGCGCCCGCCAACGGCAGCCCGGAGUUUUAAGUUAAUGUUAUGGAAUCACACUUACACACACACACACACACUCUGUACAUUUAGAUAUGUAUGAACAAAAACAUAUAUUAUAUAUACAUUACCUAAGAAUAUAUAUAUAUACACUAGGUGUAAUUACGAGAAGUUAGAGGAUUUUUCGUUUUAAAUUUUAAAUUAAUUUCACUGUGCCAGUUCUGGAGAGCAUACACAAAAUAAAACAGGAAGUAAAAAGGUAAGGCUAAAAACGUAAAACAAUUUCAAAAAACGGGAAGGCGAGUUUGGAAUUUAAAGUUAUUAGAGAGGCGAAGUCGAGCGUUUUGUCUCGUUUUAUUUGGCACGUUUACAAAAUGGGGGAUGGGCUCAUAUUCAAACUAAUCGAUUGCGAAUUUGAAAAACAAAGAACAAACAAAAAAAACUCUAGCGCAACACUGUAAGGAAGGUAAAAACAUUUUAAAUCUAAACUAAAGGCCACUGACGUUCUAUAUACAUAGAAUUGGGCGCAAGCUCUGCAUAUUAUAUAGAGGGUUAGAUAAACAAGAAACUUAUUAACAAAAAUAUUUAAAUUUAACGAUCAAAACCCAACAAAAAAAAACCUACGCAUAGAGUGUGGCGACGAACGGAAGCACGAUCGAUCGAAAGGACAAAGUUGAGCUAUUUUACAGUUUCGGAAAAUUAUUCGUAUUCGGCCCCGGAAGCGGAAGUGAGAGAUACUGUUGCCCAUCACUUAGUAUACUAGCUAGAAGUAAUUUAUCUAUAUAUGACAAAGGAAUACAUUACACAAAAAACACAAGCCCACUAACACGUACAUUCAUUACACGCAUUAUUUCUACAAUUUAACAAAGGAAAAUCAACUUUAGAUUAAACGUAAUUUUAAAUCAUAAAAUCGAAGAUUAUAGUUGAAUUAAACCAAGAAAGCUGCACAUACAGCUAUACCAUUAGUACUGUACUAACCAAAACGUAGCGUGCUUAUUAUGUAUAUUUAUUUGUUUUUGAGUUUCUCAUUAAUCAUUUAACAUCAUUUUACCUGUUGCAGUAUUAAUUUAUCUAAUUUAUUCAUUUGUAGCCAAUGAUCCCUUAUCUUAAGUUUUUCUUCCCACUUUCGUUUAAGUUCAACCCCUAGAACUGGUUUCGUGAAUCUUAAGUGCAAUACAAACUUAGUCGAACGUUGUUUUCUACUAGUCUUCUUAGAAGAGCGAAUUUACUACCUUUAGAGAGAAACCAAUUUGUUAGAGGGAAGGAAAAGAAAUGCUAGUGCUUUUUUGAUAUACUAGGUUUUAACCCUCCGCCAACCGCCAUUUUUUACCACUUUAACGGGGGCAAAGAAUGAAAUUCAGCUUGCUAACAAAUGUGUUACUUAUCAAUUAAACACACACUUACAAACAACAAUAACAAAAACAAAACAAAAAAAAGCAUAAUUACAUGAAUACAUUCAUUCGAAAAGAAUCUACAGCUAAGUAAAGCCAAAAACUGAGAUAAACUUGUACUAGUUUAAUCGAUCCCGAACAAAAGAAAAAUGCUAGCGAAAAGAAACAAAAAAAAGUUACACACAUAUUUAUUAUGAGAUAGUUCGGGGGGAGCAAAUUAAAACAAACACAAACAAACUUAGACAAGUUAGUCAACUGUAUAGCUAAAAUACUAACCAAAGAAGAAAAAAAGGAAACCCCCACCCCCUUCACCGUUUCGUUUGGGGUGCCUCGAAUUGACUUAACAAAAAAGCUUCUCGUAGUUGAGGCCUCCAGUUCCUUAGGUUUGCACACACACACACAAACAUUCGCCCCCACACUUAUUAGAGAGGGUAGAGUCACUGGCGGUAGAGUACUUAAAACAAACGGUAAGUCUUUCCUAGAGCAUGAUGUAGUUUAUCAGAAGAACAGUUGAGGUUGGCAUCACGAUCCACUGCCCAUUGCUGGACCUUAAUCGCGCGAGAGAUGGAUCAAGUGUGAUUUUUAAUUUGGAUUGUUUUUCUUGAAUGAUUACACUGGAAAAGGGUGAGUUUUAUGCGAAGGUGGUUUAGUUUAACUUUUACCGGCACAUUUUUUUUUUUUCAAGAAAUGUGUGCAUCAUUUUGGUUUUUGAGACUAUUCCUUGAAACGCGACGCGCACAAUUGGUAGCGCAAAUAGUAUAUUUUGUUUUAGUGUGUAAGAGCAAAAAUCAAACAAUCGAGACAAAUUAGCGCACAACUUUCAAACUGCUUCUUUUCGAUCCUCCGCAAAGUGGCCGCUACUGUUUCGCCUUUUCAAACGCAAGAGCAUCUCUUCUAUUCGAACGGUUAAAGACAAACAACACACAUUAGAUAAUUGAACAAAUGGGCUGUGAUUUAAAUGUUUUAUUUGUGUAAAGUAACGGAAACGUUUUCAACCGCAGUUAAAUUCGCAACUAUCGACCAUUUCUGAGUUUCAACUACAAACAAAAAUAAAACGUGGAACGUGUAAAAUUGACUGUCUGUGAAACGAUGCUAGUGACACCUACAAUCUAACUGACCUGCCAGCAGAAUAAGACGAGGAAUCUUUGUACAGCUGUACAGUCUGUUGUGUAAAACCCAUCCGGCUUUCUGUCAUCGUUUCAGUUUGGUGCGGUUUCAAUCAAUCUCGAUGUUUGCUUGUAACGAAACACACAAACACACAUAUAAAACACUCGAAUUGACAUUUAACCCUCAAUUUAGGAAAUCUAUAAAUGUGUUUUUAAUCACAUUUUGAGUUGCGACUUUCCUCGGUGUUUUGUCGUCGUCGUCGUCGUCGAUGUGUUUGUAUCAAACAACUAGUGAAAUCACUGUUACUAUUUGGAUAAGGCUAUAAUCACACGUGCGAGCACGAAAGUGGGAGGAUGAUGAAGCAUGAUGAACCAGUACCUUGACAGCUUCUCUUCUCCACUGUCGGGAGGAGGAGUGACAACUAAGUUAUUUACACUCUAUCUGACUGUCGAAUCCUUUAAAACUGACGUAUUGUAAGGGAAAAAUGCUUGCAAUCGUGGUCUAGCAGAGUUUCAUGAAAUUUUGUCAUAUUUUCACAAAUUUUAAAUUCACUUUUACACUUAACAAUCAUUACUUCAAAGCAAGGCUAGAAGAGAACUCUGAAUUCUUUAAAUUUCUUUAAUUUUCUCUUGUCUGUUUACCUCUUUUCCUAAGAGAAGCGGGAUGCAAAAAAGGUUAGAUAUCUAACGAAAUCAGAAUUGUUCUUUUGCUUACUGCCUUUGCACCGUGCAACCUCAGCUCUCAACUUAAAAUAACAACAGUUCAGAAGAUUCCAGAUUCGGCACCAACACGAAAUAUCACUUUUUACGUUGUGUUUACUACGGGGACGGUCGAAAUCACAAUAUUACGUUAUAAAAUCCCAUUUCCACUCACGAAACCACACGCAGUGCAAACAACAACAUCAAACUUUUGACAACUGCAGCUUGGCAGCACCGUCAGCCGCCUGCUGCGCAACGCAAGGUGGUGAAUUCCUAAACUCACCACCGUCGGAGUUCAGUGCCGAUGGCAUCGGCAGCGACGUUUUAAAUUAUUUCUGAACAAAACAUUAAACUUUUUUGAAACUUUUCUAGACCACGACGAAAGUAAUGUUUGAAAAAUCUUAACCAGUAGCGCCACCUUCAAGAGCAGAUCCCGUUCUGACAGGUUACCAACCUUCGCAUAAAGUUCGCCCGCGGUCGAGUCCUAUUGCCAAACGUUUUUAAAAAACCCCUCUUUGUUACAGAAUGACGUUUCUUUGUUUAACGUGUGUAAAUACUGUACAUUUCUCGCCACUAGCAAACGUAUAUAUCUAUACAAACCAAACAAACAAAAAAAAUGCUAGCACUUACAACUAGAUCCUAACGUCGUAUAAAGGGAAGGAAGCAAAAGGAUGGAAGUAUUAAAUCAUAUCAGUUUGAAAGAAGUUAUUUUUGAAACAAAAUAAUACCUAUACCUAUACACAACAAAAACACCGAUAUACUAAACGAAAAAAAAUCGCAUAUGUAGCAUAUAGUUUUGAACAAAGAAGUAUAAAAAACAAGAAAGGACUACAGCCCAACGAAAGUGAACCCACUUUUUAAACGAGCAUGCUUUCGAUUGGUUCCAAAACCCUGCAUUGUAAAGCAUUAAUUUUCCAUCAUCCAAAAACUAACCCUAUAUUUCCCCCCUCCUCCACGAGAUGAAAACGGAAAGAAAAACUCUUCUCAACCUCAUCCCACCUGGUUUUGCGUAACUCGGUUCGAUUGGUUCCAAACCAACAAAACUGUUUCUUAGAAGACGAUUAACAAAAAAAAUAAAGAAAGAAAAAAACACUAUUUUAAAACGCUAUUGAUGGUAGAGUGAACGGCAGAAUAGUUUAGUGCGAGCAGCCGAUAGUGCAGACAGCAAAUCUCUUAGUCUUGUUACCUAGAACACACCCACACAUCCUGUCAGCCUCUUAGUAUAUGCUAUUUUAGUGGCUUUGGCGCUUAAGUUUUGGAGGGAAAAUGUAAUUUUUCCUCCAGUAUCCUCUUUACCAAACCCCUCCUUGAAAUUUUUACCGCGCAAGCACAAUUAUCCUAGUAGAGUGCACACUACACUGUGUUAUAUGUUAUAUUAGAGAACAAUAAAGCUGCUAAACAUCCGACACGAACACACACACUCACACAUUUACAAAUACACAAACAAAACAGACUAUAUAGGAAACAACUUUAUAUGCCCGUAUCAAAUCCGUACUGAGAUAUAUACAUUUAGAGGAAAGAUGAACAAAAACCAACUUAGUCAAAACAAAAACGAAAACGAGGACGAGUUUUUUGCAUCCCCAAGAUAGAGUUUUUGUUUUGUGGUGUAGUAAUUAGCAUUUGAACUUGUCCAUCUUCCUCCCCCCGCGGAGAAGGUUUCGUUUGUGUUUGUUGGUAAAAUGUACGAGCUUUACGUUGCGGGUUAACUCCAGUUGUGACAGUUGGGAUACAUUGGAAAAUUUUCUAAAUUUUCUCAAGUUAAUCUCUAACUAACCCUACCUGCUGUUUAAAACUCACGAUGACGUGUGUACUCACCACAAUAUGACAGCAGUUUGUUACCACGGCGUCACUCGUGAAUCAAGAGUGAUUAUUACAAUUCAUGAAAUUUCAUAAUAAUGUACAUCUGAUUGUCUAUUUUUGUUUAAUCAUGCCCAGUCAACUCCAUAGGAAGUCAAAUCGAAACGUUUGCAAAUUCCGUUGCAAACGUAUCAACGGAAUUCGUACACGUUUCGAAUUGAAUUCCAUGUCAGAAUUCCGAUUGAAUUGACUGGGUGUGGAUACAGUAAACCCACAGACAAACAGACAUGGACAUCUAAUAUCUCGUCAUAAUUAAAGCAAAACUGAAAUUUUUUAAGUAUGACCAUCGACGGUCACUCUCUUUCACGAGCAUUCGAAAAACAGUUCAAAAUAUGAUUUAACCACAGAAAAACGGACCACAGAUUGAAGACAUUGUUGGCCAAAUCUAUCGAUUAUUUCUUAAAAGAACAAUGAAAUCGAUAAUGUGCGAGAAUACAGUAUGGAGCAACUGUCAAACGUAUUUAACUAUGCUGUGGUGAAUUUAAAUUUGAUGUGGUGAGUUUCACGUAUUCACAUAUUCAUGUGAUUUAUGAUUUUACGACUACGUUUUUUUGCUGUGGUUAAACUUCUUUUGAGAUGUUAUCAGACUUUUGUAUCACUUUUUAGUUUGACCAUUUGUCUGAAUUGCGCACUAAUUUGUUUGACAAUGGCACGCAUCGUAAAAAGUGACAGUUCUUCAUUUUUUUCAAUUUGAAGAAGUGGUAUUGUUGCUGUAGUUUUUUUUUAAUUUCGGUGAAUUUUAACAAAUUCGUCACCAAAUCUGGUUUAAAAAUUUACAACUAUUGCAUAGUGGGAUUUUUUUAUGUUUUCUGUCACAAAUGGAAUUACCCACGAGCGUAAAGUGAUUAAAUAGAAUUUUCAAAAAAAAAUCAGAGACAUCCAUCCAUAGACUAAACAAAUCACUAUCACACUCUUUCCUAGCUAGCGAAACAAUUCUCAUUUCAAUUUUCUACACCUUUCUUUCCACUAUCUACUUAAGCUCAAGCUGUUACGGCUUAGUUUUGCGUUAAAUCUAUCAAGCCACUUUGAGUGCGAACGCAGAUCAAGGCUGAACUCAUAUAAACAAAACAAAUGAAUUGAAACACACACACUUACACAUUUUUGAAAAAAGAAAACUUCAGAAACUUGUUUUCGCGCUCUAGAUAACACUUAAAUACUAACUAACGUAUACUUUUAGGCCCCUUCGCAUGCAUGCCUAUAUGCACUUUUUAACUCUUACCAAGCCCAAUUGCAUACAAGGAAAAACGCAAACUAUAUUAGAAGUUAGGGAAACAAAAACAAAGAAACAAAUCAACUGCAGCCUAUCUAUGCCGCACUAGCAGACACACACAAAAAAAACACACCAUCACACAUCUACCAGCCUCGAUAGUUUUGAGCAUGCUUUUUAUGAUGGAAUAAAUAAAAGAACCCCGCUAACCAUAAGUGGGUACAAAAACACUAAUCGCCUUCUCCUCCCAGAAUAAAAAUCUAAGAAGAUAAAACUAAUUUUACAUACACCCACACCCACAAUACACAUCCUAACAAAACACAUGAAUUGCAAAGCAGAACUAAAGUAAUCAAGUAAGAAAAUGAAAGUCCUUUUGCCUAGUUUCUUAACUAUACACACUAUCACCAUUAUCAGUACUUAGGGAUACAGAUUUACAUUUAAUGCACAUCCAGCGAAAUGAAGUAAAGGGAAGCACACACAAACACACAUUAAUUAUGCUUAAAUAUAUUACCACACACUCGAACACAAUUUAAAUCCUGAAAGAAAAAUUUAUAUAAGAGUAAAGAAAAAGAAAAAACACAAACGCAGAAUCUUUAUAUUGAGCCACGUAUUGCAGAGAAAAGGAAUCACGAUACAUUUAUUAGUAGUGGUUAAGUAUUUGAAAUAAAAACAAACACACACACAGACACACACGAGAGGAUUAAAAAUGAACCUAUAAAUAGCACGUAGCAAGUAGUAAAAUCUUGCAGAAACUAAAACUAAGAGAGAAUUACAUGAAACAUUGUAUAAAAUAUAGGAUACAGGGUAUUUCUUGCAAUUAUAGAGAAAAAAAUAACAUGUUGAUUGACGAACUAUUAUUAUUAUAAUUAUUAUUAUUGCAAAGAAGAUAAAAAAAAACAAAUCAAGAAUGAAUCAAUUUAGGAAAGAAAAUAAUCGCGACGAUACCGAGCAGCAACUUUUUCUUUGUGCAAAAAGGGAAAAUUCGUUUGGAAAAGUGAAAAUACCUAAGGAAAUAGUAUUCUGUUUUGUGAUAUGAAAUAAAAGUAAGCAGAGAGAAAUGGUUUACUAUUGAAAACAGAGAAGUAAAAAAAAAAACAACCUAGCGGAAAAGUAAGCACAGUCGAAAAAAUGGGGAACGGAUGAAAAUAAAGCCAGUGUAAACAAUAAAGAAAAAUGAAGAAUUUAACAGAAACUACACUAUAUUACUGAUAUGACUAUAACAAAUGCAGACAACCAGCAAGGAAAAGAACCCCGGCAAUGAUUUAAAAUAGAUUCCUCACACCCUCCAAGUUUGAGUCAGCUGCUGGAACCAACAAGCUCCAAGGUUUCCGUUUCGAUGUUUAUCUUCCAUUUUCGUACCAAGUCAAUCCAGGUUCCUCUCCUCCCCUGUUUCGAUCAUUUUCCUCUCGGUCAAAUCUCAGCCAGCGAAUGAUUUGUUGCAUUUGAAGUAAAAACAAAACAAAAACAGCCAACCCAGCACGGAAAGGUCACAAUUGAAGCAAAAAGCAAAGUGUCAAGUUGCCCAUUUGUCUGCUAACUUUUGAAAUUAUGAAAUAAAACAAAAAAAUAUACUAGCUAUACAAGUAACAUUAAUGAACAACCCAAACAAACUAACACAAAGAAAAGAAAGCAGACAAAUUACUGUAAAAUUCUAUUGAAGAAUGAAAUUAAACUGUAAAUUAUGCGAUAUUUAACGCUUCACAUAUAUUUAGCAUAUAAAAAAAAGAAGCCACAAGAAGAAUUACCCGAUUACAACAAACAAGUAUGCAGUAGGAGGCAGGAGAAAAAUUAUUGAAUUAAAUCAAAUUUUUAGAGAAAUAUUUUCCUUGGUUUUAAUUGCAGGAGAAAAUGAGAAACGUUUGACCGACCAUCUACCCUCUUUUUUUAACACUCUUUCACGCACACUGUAAAACGGUGCGAAGUCUUUUCUCAAGUGUUCCGACCUCAGGGGUGGGAAAUUGGUAGUUUUGGAUGGCGAAAAAAAACUUUAGUUGCAAUUCCAAACUUGUUCAAAAUUAGCCUAUUCAACGAGGAUGCUUUCCGCAUCAAUUCUUCCUUGAACAUAUUUUGUUUCAACUUUAAAUCAAAAUUUCAACGCACAAGUAGAGUCAAUAGAAAGAAUAAAAAAUCUUUUCGCCUAACUUUAAGGUAUCAAUUUUGGACCUUUCAAGAAGAACACUUGAAUGAGCUGAGCAUUGUUUGCGCUAAAGUUUUCACUUUAACAGGCUCUAACCGACAGUGAUGUUUGGUUCCUUUCCGUUUACACAAUAAUUACGAAAUGGAAAGAUAAAACGAUUAAAACAUACAUGGAGGAAACUUUAAUUAUUGCGACAAUAUCGUAUUAUAAUAAAACAAAAAGAUAAUUAAAAAUUGAAAUGAAGCCUUAAAAAUGUAUAUGCAUCACAAAACACAAUGCCAAAUGUGCAUGACUUAACGAUAUGGAAAGAAAAAAAAACAAUUGAAGUGGUCCCAUAUAAAAAAACACAAUCCAAGUUCCAAAACCAACCUGCUAAAGAUGGAUUACACACAAAAUCGUAGACUUAACAACUGGAAAAGUCAAACCAUGCCCUUCUAUUCGACCAUUUGAAUGGUUUCAAUCAAAGAAUUUUCUCUUAAACUACAUGAUAAAACUAAUAAUUCUAUGAAGAAAAAAUAACAAACGUAAAUCACUAACACACACUUGCUACAUGAAGAUGUUGGAAUCGAACUGAAUCUAUGCAAAUAGUAAUUCACAAUUCCCACACUUGCAAACAAACAAACAAACACACACAUACAGACAGCAAAAAGAACCCGACAAAGAAUGGAAAAUGAACAAAAAAAAAGGCUAAUUUCACCCACACAAGCAAAGCCCUCCACCAUAGAAGCUGAUCAACUUAGUUCGUUCGGUGUCAUUUGAACAUGACUUACUCAAAACUCCAAAAGUCCUUCUAGAAAAAUGCACGUUUCCUUUAAUUCUUCCGUUUAAUCUAGUUCACCACACAUGGGUUGCGUUCUGAGAGUCCCGUUUUGAUUGUUAUUUUGCGCAACUCAAUUUAGAUUGAGCGCUCCACACUUCAAGAUACUGCAUAUACACAUGAAAGCAUGAAUUUAUUUGGAGAGUUAAAUAAAUGAGCGAAGAAAAUGGGAGAAAUGAGGAUAGUACAUAAAAUAUAUAUAUAUUUAUAAAAGUAAAAUUAUUUAUAUUGAAAGAAACACUUAAAAACAAAUGUAAAAAGAACUAUGAUCUAAAUUUUAAGUACAACAGUAUUAGAGUAAUCAUAAAUAAAAAAAAAUAUUAAAAAUGAUACUGGAACUAGUUUAAAUUGAUCUAUUAUUUAACGCAGAACAAAUAUUCAUAACAUCCAUUUUGAACUCCUAAGCGAAGUACUUAGUAUUCAUGAAACGCCCUUGAGAAUAGGUAAUUUCAAUGAAAUUUUAUGAAAUUAUGCUAGAACCACACGAUAAAGGCAACCAAACAAUUGAGGAAAUGAAAAAAAAUAUAUUCAAAAGUCAUAUCAGGCAAACUCUAAAGUAAACUUUUAAAAAGUAAAACUAAUAGUGAAAAUCAGCUAACAGUCAUCAUUUUGAGUUUUAGGAAAAUUUUAUACGUACUCGUUCAAAAGAAGCAAGUCGAAAUAUAUCACGCUCCGCCAAAGUAAAACAAAAAAGUAUCAAUCGCACAUGCCCCUUAAAGUAUCACCAAAAACUAUAAACACACACACAAACUCACACCGACAUUCACUCACCUUUCGUACAGAAGAAGCAAACGUCAAUCUUCUGCAUAUUGGCACAGCAAGUUUCCUUUUCGUACCUUCGUUUCCACACUCACACACAUUCAUCACCACUCCGAACACAAACACAUAGAAAAAAUGAACUGCAGAGAGCGAGAGAGGAUUUACUAAAUAGGGAGUCAAAACAAACUAAAAACGCGUACUAAUCAAUUACAAACCGAUACAAAACAAGAGAAAAGAAAAAAAGUCACACUAUAUAACUAACACAGCUACAGCGAGCAAAACUCUAUUGAAUUAUAAUAAAAAGAAGUAUUUCCUUAAACAAAACAAAACAAACAAACACACACAAACCAUAUUAAAUGCGAGUAACACAACUAUGAGGAGAAUAAUUAGGGAAAAAUGCAUAAAGCCAGUAUCACUAUAAUAGCACUACCCCCGGAACAAAGAAGAAGAGGAGGAAAAAAACGCAUGUAACAAAAUAGAUAACACAGCAACAACAACAAAAAACGGAUGGCUUCAUACUGAAUGGAAGUUCCCAUAUUGACCUUAAACCAAUUCAAACGAAAACAACAUGCAUACAAACACAGAACAGAAAACAAAAAAGGAAAACUCUUCUGUACGGAAAAGGAGAAAGGUGAAAGCAACUAUAUUUGACCACACUUUAUACACAAGAAAAGAAAAAAAAAACACACUAAAAUAUACAAUAAUUAUUAUUUAAGACAAAUUAUAUCUAUCAAACUUUUGUCAUCAAUUAAAUUAAUAUUUAACUAAAAAAUGCGAUAAAACAGGAAUAUUGAUACUAACAUUUGGCUGGCGAUCGACCUGCCCAAGGGGGGGAGGUGACCCCGAGCAGAGUUGGGGUGGGAAUCCCAAACAAAUCGCACCUUCCCAACUAUCUCAUCUCACUUUCUUCUUGGCACACGGUGGUGACCCCUCCCUGGUUCUGCCCGGGUCGUCGCCCCAGCCGGGCGGCCGAGUUUGUCCGAUUUAGAGACUUACAUUCUUAUUAGUGAAAAAAAACAAGUAACAAAAAAAAUGCGGUAAAACUAAGGAAAAGAGCUAAGAGAAUUAAAACAUCCCGAUGCGAAAGAGAUUUAAAAACAUAUUUAAGCAGUAAGCAGCUGGAGAAGAGAAGAAAAAUGUCGUUACGAUGCACUGAAGUGAAUGCAAAAAAUGUAAGAGUAAAUGAAUAAAAUGCCAAAAAAACAACUUGUUUAGUUAAAAACAACUAGAAGAAAAGUAAGCGAAGAGAAGUUAAAACUAUUAAAAAAUGAGAAAAACAGAAAAAAACAAAAAAGCCAUUUUAUUGAUAAAGAAUGAAGGAAAUCGAUUACUUAUUAUCAAUUAUUAUUAGAAAGGAGACAAACGCAGCAGAAACGUAAUCACUAACUAAUUUUAUAUUUGAAUUAUUACUUAUUGAUUAUUAUGGUUCUAUUAAAAAUAUUAUUAUUAUUACUGCAAACGCAAAAUAAAACACGAUACAGAGGAAAGAACACGGAAAAUCAUUGAAUAAUUUUGUAUAGUGGAAAAACUGAGCCAGUCCCCACUGGAGGCCGUCCCGAAAAUUCAGAAUUUAGUCAAACAAAUGCUCUUGUACUUAACAUAAUUACCAAAGUUAAGAGAAUACGUUUUGUUCACGAGUAAAUAUCUUACGUAAUCCGAGUAGUGAAGGCGGCGCCACGUAGCAUUUGCAUUACCCCAAAAAAAAUCCAUAAAAGAAAAAAAAUACAUAACGGAAUACAGGAAUCAGCGUGAAAUAACGGCAUUUUUAUUAUGUUACCUUAGUACUUAUAGCGCUGCUACCCGCUGCAUACAAUUAGAGUGCGCCAUGCCAAGUAGAAGUUGAUUGCAAAGUUAGAACUCACUAAACACAUAUACACACAGGACAUGCUAAACACGAAGCAUAAGUAGGAAGAGCAGCAGUGUAAAGAGAUGGCAACACUGCUUUCCACAUACCGAGAGAGAGAGAGAGAAGAAAAGAACAAACAGUUACUAAAAAGGAUGCGAUGAAAAGUGACGACGAUUUGGCCACGCGGAAGACUGGCUCUGUUUUACUCCAAAGAUCAAAUAUAUUAUUAUAUAUGAAGAAACAUAUUAUUAACUUUAUAACAAAAGAAAAAGUAACAAAAUAAAGUUAAAAAUACACUUUUA